ACAGUCAUAAGUCGGACUCCGAGGAGCCAGGAAGUAACUGUGAGCCAUGCAGCUCAUGCGACGGAUAAAGUAGCGCGGGCGAGCGUCUGUUGUCAGCAGUCGGAGAUCACACGCGCAAGAGUGAGGAAGAACAACAAGCCAACUGCAAAUUGCUGCCAAAUCUAGUGCAGGGCAACUCACGGACCCCACAAGAGGCGAAAUCCGAAGGACGUUUAUACAUUUUAAAGAACACAAAGCUCACUGCAACAUACUCCAUCAUUAGAAGAAGAGAAAAGACGGAAGGAAAUAAGAGCGGGACUUGCGACUUUCAAGGCAACGCUUCACUCUUUCUGGAAGUUUAGAUAAAUACAAUUAACAAAAUUGAUCAAAUCGCCUUCAAGAUGCCUCGGGUGGUCCCGGAUCAGAGGAGCAAGUUCGAGAACGAGGAGUUCUUCAGGAAACUCAGCCGCGAGUGCGAGAUUAAAUACACUGGUUUCCGCGAUCGGCCGCAUGAGGAGAGGCAGGCGCGCUUCCAGAACGCGUGCCGUGACGGCCGCUCAGAGAUAGCUUUUGUGGCGACCGGCACCAACCUCUCGCUGCAGUUCUUCCCAGCCAACCUUCAUGGGGAUCAGCGGCAGGCGCCCACCCGAGAAUAUGUGGACUUCGAGCGGGAGACAGGAAAGGUAUAUCUGAAGGCUCCUAUGAUCCUGAAUGGAGUGUGUGUGAUCUGGAGAGGCUGGAUUGAUCUUCAGCGUCUGGAUGGGAUGGGUUGUCUGGAAUAUGAUGAUGAGAGGGCACAGCAGGAGGAUGCUCUAGCCCAGGCAGCCUUUGAGGAAGCCCGCAGAAGGACUCGUGAUUUUGAGGACAGGGAUCGCUCGCACCGUGAGGACAUGGAGCAGAUGCCGAUGGCACAGCUCAGUCAUUUAAUAACUCAGGAGGACCCUGUGGCAUCAAAAAUCUGGGACUGAUGGCCUUCAAGGACCAGGCCCAGGCGACAGCAGGACCCCAGCCCUGGCUCCAACAUGGGCAACACUGAUGAUCACAAGAUGCGCUAGCGGCAUUCACCAAAGUGGGCAGGGAUAGGGUCAUAAGACCUCCGACACCACGGCAAUCUCAUCUCCUGAUGCCUUGUUUAUCACAGGACAGACCAAAGUCCACACCGGUGGGGAUUUUCGGGUGGGAUGUUUGGUGAAGGGGCUGGGUGGGUUGGGCUGGGCUGGUAUUGAUGUGAGAUUCAUUCGCAUUUGAUUUAGUCCCUCGGUUCUUCCUGGGAUUUUUGCACUAUGUGAUACGUUCAGUUUAAGUCCCCCAUAUCGCCUUUCGGUAUGCAUGGUUUUCCUACCUAUGUUUGCUCUUGUUCCCCCCUCUAUGCAAGGCAUCUUAUUUUAUCCUAUUGUAAUGAAAUGGCAUUUUUUAAUUAUUUUAUUCGUAUUGUGUGUGAAAGUCAGGAUGUUUACUUUUUUGUAUUUUCAUUUCCUCUAUAUAUAAACACGUCUGUCCUCGCGCUUCGUAGGAGAACUAGUCGCUAAGUAGAUUCGUGCAGUAGAGUAGACUUUUUUUCGACGUCUAAAAAGAAAAUCUAGAAAGAGGCUGCUGAUGUUGUGAACGAGGAGGUUUUUUCUUUUACCAUCCUUCUCCACGUGCUCUGUCUUCCACUCUCUUCCUCUCAAAGUCAGAACGUGAACUGAGCAGCAGGAAGUGAAUAUUGAGGUCAGUGUUACUCUGUGAGGCAGAGAUUUGUUUUUUCAGCCUACGUUUUUCUUUCAUUAAUGUCAAUGUUUUACCCGUUUAGUUUAAGCAGGAUUUUCAGUGUUUUGCUACAUAUUCUUACUCUGGAAUUCUUAAAAAUAAGACAUUUUUCAGUCACACCAUGUUAAAACCAAGUGAAUUCAUCCAAUUUGCCUAUGUACAAGACUCAGAAAGGAGACAUAACGAAUUCAAAUCGUAUAUAUCACUCACUUCCAGACAGAUUUAAAGUUGUUGAACGUUUGAUAUCUGACUUAUUAUAUAUGCAAGUAUCAUAAAGAAUAACAGAGGACCUCUUUGUGCCCUUUGGUCAAAGGAGAUCUGCUUUAGUGGUUUGAGACUGGAUGUUAGUUGUUAAGGCAAAAAUCACUGAUAAAGUGAAAGGAAAGUAGGGAAGGAUAGACACAAAUUGCCCUCCGACGACAUUUGAACACAAUAUUUAAUGUUGAAUCAUUUCUAUGUUCUUUUUUUUAUUUACAACAGCCAAUGGUAAGAUUUAAAGGGCCAAGAAUUCUUUUUCUGGUGGGAUGCUGACGUCAGAAGGUAUGGCCUACCUCUAGCUUAAACCAAAUAUACACAAAGGAGAGCUUAUUUAUAGAGAGCAAGUUCAUGUUGUCUGAGUGUUGAGGAAAAGCUAAUGUUGGUUUAGUAGAACGUUAAAGCUUUAUAUAGUUGGAGUGGGUUUUUAUACCACACAAUGGUCAGAGACCGGGCACCAGGAGGUUAUUGAGGUCUGUUGAUAUCCUAUUUUGAAGAUCACUUGACCAAGCCAGAGUCCACAAAACAGUCCUGCUUUAA